UUGCACAUAUAAGGAAGUCCCCACUCGAGGCUUGUCCCAACCCUGGAGAGGAAACUAGAGAAGGGUAAACUUGUAGCACGCUUCUUCAGUCUUCCACCCUGAACUUGGCACUGGCUUGCGUGUCGUGUUGACAGUGAUAUAGAGUGACGAGUGCUGAGUGGUUGUUAAGACAGCAGGACGGAGAAUCCAUCGGUUUGGGCCAUGUUUGCCGCACCUCUAACCGGCGGGGAGGCUGGCCAGGGCAUGCCGACCCAGCGCCAGUGGAACGCCGUGCUCAGGCUUUUCGGGGCUAUGAUAGCCAUGACCGGGGUAGCCGUGGCGAUAGCCGUCAUGGUCAUGGCGAACAAGGACGAGGAAGAGAACCGUUUUCCCUGGGAGGGGGUUCUGUUGUUUUCGGUGGGACUUAUCAUGGUGUUGUUUAGCCUGUACUACACGGAUCCGGAAGGGGGAGGGCGGAGAACAUCCCAGUGUGUCGUCAGGAGAGAGUCUGACACGAUGAUAGACCAACCGCCAGCGUACUGGGAAGUCUGUGAUCUUAGUGGUCCCCCACCGGACUACUUAGAACCGACGUCGGUGACGUCAGGCAAUGGCGAGAUCGUGGUCACCAUCACAAGAGUCAAGUCCACUCCGCCCUCAGCGGCCGCCGUAGACUCCGCAGCGGUGAACAUAGAGGAGCCAUGCCGACAACAAGACGAAGAGGAACCGGACGAGCCGCUACCGUCGUACGAAGAUGUCGUAACGUUAGAAGAGAACGAAAGAAGAGAUAGAACGUCCUCUGUAUGACGGCCAAAAUGUUUUUUAUACAGAUUUAGUAGUCUGGUAGAGACUACAGAUUUAGCACUGACAAAACAAUCUGUCCGUUGUCUGCACUUCAGCCAUGUUCCACCAGGGGACUCUGUUGAGUGAUCUUGGCAAUCAGCCCGAGCUGAAGGAAGAACAGUUUUCGCACAUGGCCGUAUUGAACUUGAAGGGCUCCCAAUCAAGUCAACUAGGCUUAGUUAAGGGAUAUAUCUAGAAUAACUAAUACGCAAGCAAUGUCUCCAAUUGUGUGCCAUGUGUUUUGUAUGAACAAUAUGUAGCUAGUGGCAGCCCAUAUCGCAUUUAACGUCAUAUAUACGUGCAUACUGUGUAUGCUGAAUGAAACUUGACAAUUCUAUCUCUUACAGUUGUUAGCGGGUAGUUGGAGAACGGGCUCCAAUAGUAGGGGUAGUGAAUACGUAACAUGUACA